AUGAAAAAAAAUGAGAGCCCCUGUUCCAUACAAAAUUGUAGUAGAAACUCUACUAUAUUUCGAAAAAUUACUUUAAUUGCAUACAAAAAAGCACAAACAAAAGGAACAUUGAAGCAAUAUGAUUAUUUAGAAAUCAGGCAAGAAAUAUGUUAUAGUCAUUAUUUAGACAUUGUAAAGCCAGAUCGUCAUUUAAAAAAAAAGCCUUUGGUUGAACAAGCGAACAUUAUAGUUACAGAUUGUAAUACUCAGAUGCUUGAAGCAAACAUUGACAAUAAUUGCAACACACAGAAUAAUGGUCUUACAUUUGCAGAUCAGAUUCAAAUACUUACAAAAGUUCUUUACAAAUAUCAAUGUGAAAAGCCUGGUUUUAUUAAACUUAGCCCUUAUAAUUUAAAUAUUCUUUAA